AUGGUUCGCUUCACUUCCAUUGCUGCCCUUUUCACUGCGCUGGUCGCUGUCGCUUCGCCUGCUUUGGCCGCCGAUCUCGAAAGCCGUUUGGUUUACGUGCCUGAAAUUGUCUACCCUACUGAAGGCGUCCAGUGGAAAGUUGGUGACCAGGUCAACGUCACUUGGGAUGCUUCCAACUUGCCCAAGGAGCUGAAGAACCUCACUGGUGCUAUCCGCCUCGGUCAUAUGGUGGAUGGCCAGCAGGGUGAGAACCUCGCCAACACUCUGGCGCAAGACUUUUUGAUCCGCACUGGCAACGUGACGUUUACCGUGCCCAACGUGGAAAGCCGUGAUGACUACAUUGUCGUCCUCUUCGGCGAUUCUGGCAAUCGCUCUCCGAAGUUCUCUAUCAACUAA